CCUCACAGAGCUCUUGGUUCUCGUUGUUCUGGUUCUGUAGCCCCUUUGGACUCACAGAGCGGACCAUGCUGAGUGCAGACUGGGCCUGGGCUCUGCAGGCCCUGCUGCUGCUGCUAGUGGUUCUGAUCCAGUCAGGCGUGUCUGAGCCUCUCCCCAGGAUCGAUGGCCGCUGGCACUCAAUCGCCACGCUGAGAGAGAACAUCACGAGGGAGUUCAGCUGCCAAUCAGAGGGCUGGCCUGCGGAGGACCCGCCCAUCCUCAUCUGGUACCUGAACGGAGAGCGGCAGCAGACUGGGGGCGGGGCCUCCGGCAGAGUGCUGGUGACAUCAUCGCAGGAACAGGGCAUGUCCAACCAGAGCUCCUCCCACAGCACCUUCACGCUGCACGCCAGGAAGUGGGACCGUGAGCUGAGGUGUUCCUUGGAGCACCCGACCAGCGGGGAGACGUACAACGCCAGCGUGCUGCUGAACGUGCAGUUCCAGCCGGAGAUCGUGCGUCUGAUCGUUCACCACAACGAGAGUUCAGAGCCGGGUCUCUCCCUGCUCCUCUUUGCAUUGGUCCACUCCAACCCCCCCGCUACAGUCACCUUUGUGGAUGAGUCUGGGCAGCAGGUCACCAACACCUCGGACUUCCUCAUCCUGGACACGCUCAGCUACCCACGGCUGACCAACCACACGCUGCGCGUCACUCUAAACAGCCUGCCCAGCAACGUGUCUGUCAGCGCCUCCAACGAGCUGGGAGUCACCAACUCCCCCCUCGCUCUCACCGACUUGCUGCUGUCUCGUGUGGAGGUGCCCGUGUUGGGGAUCAUCGUUGGGGGUGUGCUGGGGUUCCUCUCCCUCGUUCUGCUCAACCUCCUGGUGCUCUGCCUCGUCUACAAGCGCAGGAGACGGGAGGCCGAAAAAUGUGUGGAGAAUAAAGUGCCUCAGAGUGACUCCUCCCAGAUCAAGCUUGACAAGGUGUACCUGCCCCGAGAGAACAUGUCUGUGCCUUCGAACCUGCAACUCAAUGACCUGAGCUGUCUUUGCAAGGGGAGGGAUGUGGAAGGACAGAAGGCUGCAGAAGAGGAGGAGAAUCACUCUGAGCAGGAGCACUCCUCCGGGCUCGCCACUAGAGGUUUUGCCCGAUUCCCGAUAGUCGGCUACAUUUACAAAGUGUCGAGUAUGAGCAGUGAUGAGGUCUGGCUCUGACUGCACGGAGGAGUUAAACAGAUCAUCUCACACACAGCUAGAGGAGACCGGCGGACAGGCUCCUGCUUGUAUUUCCUCUUUCAAACCCUGCUUUGUUACAUCCCCUGUCCGGUCUGGUCUUGUCGUACUUUUCUACACAGAGGACUGCAGGGUCUGCAUCACGAUGCAGCUCUAACCGCUAAGCAACAGCUGCUGAUGGUCAAACAUCUCUGUCUUUCUGUCUCAUAUUGUCAAUAAUUAUAACCCAUAGCUGGCUGCUGUCUCAGUGUGCUUCAAUGCAUGCAUAUAAGAUAAUGUAUAGCCUUUAGCAAUAAUGCUUGCAUUGUGUGAAACAGCUUCAUGCAAAGGAAUGUGCUUGUUAAAUGAAGCAAACAUGUAUGUGAAUGUACUGAUGAAAAUAUUAAACAAGAGAUCAUGUAACUGGGACCCAGGUGAGUCCUGGUAAAGGGAGAGAAUCGCUGCCCCUCAGGGAGUCCUGGCAAAGGGAGAGAAUCGCUGCCCCUCAGGGAGUCCUGGCAAAGGGAGAGAAUCGCUGCCUCUCAGGGAGUCCUGGUAAAGGGAGAGAAUCGCUGCCCCUCAGGGAGUCCUGGUAAAGGGAGAGAAUCGCUGCCUCUCAGGGAGUCCUGGUAAAGGGAGAGAAUCACUGCCCCUCAGGGAGUCCUGGUAAAGGGAGAGAAUCGCUGCCCCUCAGGGAGUCCUGGCAAAGGGAGAGAAUCGCUGCCCCUCAGGGAGUCCUGGCAAAGGGAGAGAAUCGCUGCCUCUCAGGGAGUCCUGGUAAAGGGAGAGAAUCGCUGCCCCUCAGGGAGUCCUGGCAAAGGGAGAGAAUCGCUGCCCCUCAGGGAGUCCUGGCAAAGGAAGAGAAUCGCUGCUCUGCCAGGAACAGGUUUGCUUUUCCAAGGUGAAAAUUAUUUUUUGUAGUUUUACUUAAUCAAGUGAGGACUUGUUGGCACUACUAACUUGUCACGUAGGCACACACUCACAAACACACACACACACACACACACACACACACUCACACACACACACACACAC